AUGUCGGCUUCAGAUGAUCACCCCGACGGGUUGCCCGUUGCCGUAUCUUAUCUGGCAGGCUAUAUCUUUCUCUCCUACGUCGUCAGCACGAUGGGGUGUGCGACUACCCUCGAACUUCUUCACCGACGGACAUCGAAGUCCGGCUUAUAUAACUGGUACCUUCUGUUCACAUCCUCAGUAACCAUGGGCGGCAUUGGUAUCUGGUGCAUGCAUUUCAUUGGCAAUAGAGCAAUUGUCCUCGGUGAUGGAGCAGCCCAAAUCCAGAUUGUGUAUAGCGUGACUUUCACAGGAGUUUCAUUCAUCCUUCCCGUGGUCGUCCUACUUGCAGCUUUCUACGCGAUAGGAACCAGUGAAAAGGCUGGCUAUCUUCGUAUCAUUAUGGGAGGUGUCCUAACGGGCAGCUCCGUGUGCGGAAUGCACUACAUCGGUCAGCUUGGCAUCUCCAAUUACCGAUGCAGCUACAAGGUCGCACAUAUAGUCGGAGCCGCAAUCAUUGCCGUCUUUGCCAGUACUGUUGGCCUGGUAAUCUUCUUUCGGUGGAGGGCUACAUGGACGAACAGUUGGUGGAGACGUGGAAUCUGUGGCUGUCUACUUGCCAUCGCUGUCUCUGGUAUGCACUGGACUGCUGCAGUUGGUACAUCUUACAAAGGACAUGAUCAAUCCGUCAAGCAAGGCGGCCAACUUUCACGAAGCCAAACUGUCAUUAUAUGUGCGGUCCUGGCAUGUGUUUCCUGCUCAGUUCUAUCGGCAUGUGCCAUCGCGGCCGGCGGAGACCGCAGACGAUCGAGAACGAAGGCGCGCCAAGUGGUCUUGAGUUGUGCGUUCUUCGACCCAGCCGGUAGAGUCAUGGUGACUCCGCAUGCGAGUCUUCCGAGUAGGAAAAUCGUGGAUCGUUAUCGCGGAAAGACUUUCAACGACGACGAUCUUACAAGAACACAUUCGGCGUUCCUCUGGGCAUUCCGCGCAAGUCGAAACUGGAAACUCGUGAGGGAUGUCGUUCCCUUUAUGAGAAGUCGAAUCGAGUCCGAGAAAGCUGCGAAAGAGCAUUUCACCCCGCAAGGUGGAGCGACCGACGAGGACACAGAGAUGCAAGGCGAUUUUGACGGGUUCUUCAAACAACACUUCUGUGUAACCGCUCAGGAUCUGGCUGAGGAACUGCGACAGCCUCUUCAGGACAUGGGCGUGCUGUAUGACGACAUCCUGACCACUACGACACCAGUCUCGCGCUUUUCUCGAGCAAUGGGGUACUCUCGGCUCAGUGCCAAUAAGGGUCAGAUGAUGUUCACUGUCCGGCAAUUGAGUAAGCACGAAGCUGCCCGCCUAGCAGCAUCAGGGCUUCGAUUUACAGCAAUUGAGAACGUUAUUCCCGUGCUAUCUCGCCGUGUCCAUAUACCGUCCAUGACUUUGGCCGCUCAUCUCAGGGAUAUGCGAGACUAUGCCACCUCCGGUCGGAAUUUUGAGCCAGGAGUUCAUUUGGUUUCUUUUGUCAUGCGCCCCACCGUUCAUGACUACUUCGAAGUACUCACUGCCAAAGGCGUCAGCAACCCGUUACCGUCAUCAUCACUGCCAAUGAAACGUCUCCAAAUUGCUCAUCUGGAAUUAUUGUCACACAUGGAAGGGUGGACCGUGUCAACGUGCCUGAACUGGCUGAAGUCGGAGACAGCGCGCGCAUACAAGGACGCCGACGCAUUUCGCCAACAGCUGAUCCAAGCGAUGGGGAACCUUUCGUCCGCCAUGCCACCUGAUAUCAACUCAGCAUCUAGAUUCUCGGCACGCCCUCUUAUUGCCCCGUGUCGCUCUUCAAGACAUUCAGACGGAAACAAUUGUAUCAUUCUUCCAUUCUGCGUUGUCGGCACGCUGGACACCCAAAUCUCCAACCCGGACUUUACCUUCACGCCUCUGCGUCUCUUCAGAGUGCAGCAGCAACUGAACGAUGGCUUCACAGGAGGCGAUGGUUUCGCAAAAGAGCUGAGUCAAGAGCUCUAUUAUUCCAACGCCCGCUCCAGUUCAACCACCGAUUCCGAAAUCGCAUCCUCUGUUCGUGCUCUUCGUCGCUUCUGGCCGUCCCGCAAACAGCCCAGCGAUAAAAUGAGCGCAACGUCCCAGGAGACCCUUGCGGAGCAUUCACCGUUCGGAGAAAUCACUGUCCGUAAGGAAGUGAAAGUGGACAUCGCGAAACUCGCAGAAUUGUCAACCCAGCCCACACUGGGUCGGCAUGCCUCACAGACUACCGUAUUGGCUGGCGACUCGGCCUCGGGCACAUAUGUGGACGAUCUCUACAAUCUUUGCUACUCCCCUAACAUACGGCUGAGGCCAGAUACAUUCCAACAACACUCGACAGUUGGCUGA